GUGGGGGCAGCGGCAAGAGAGCGUGAGGUAGUUAAAUAACUGGAAUAACCUCGUUUGGGAGGAUCGAAUAUCAGGAAGCCCUUAGCCCGCACAAACGACGAGGGCGCCGCCUUGCAAAGGAGAUCGCUGCUUUAUCUGCCGCUCGGACCGGACGGUGGAGGAGGCUGCCGGCGCGCUGCUGGUGGCGGAGGGAGAAAGAGAUUUGAUGGAUAAAAGAUUGAUCGAUAACUGGCUAAAAUUUGUCUCGGGACAGAGUAAAUGUUUCAUUAGAAAGGAUCAAUUGAGUUUCAAAAUGGGCUGCAGAAAAUAUUGAUUGCAUGAGGUUUACCGUACUUUGACUAGGUAUGAAAUUUCAUCCAUACAAGUCAUAAUGGAUCAAUUUGAAAUGUGGUGGUAUCAGCAAGGACUGAGUUUCUUGCCUUCUGCCCUGGUUAUUUUAAUAUCUGCUGCUUGUGUGUUUCCAUAUAUUAUUGGAGUUCUCUUAAACCAUGUUGACCCUUUGGUACCCUAUAUCAGUGAUUUAGGGACAGCACCUCCGGAAAGAUCCUUGUUUGGAAUAUUGUUUUGCUUUUGUUCCUUGUUCUGUAUUGCCACCGUGUAUGUUCGAUACAAACAAGUCAGUGCUUUGAACCCUGAAGAACCUAAGUUGCUCAGACUCAAUAAGGCUGGCUUAGCGUUUGGAAUGGCUAGCUGUUUGGGGAUUUUCAUCAUAGCAAACUUCCAGAAAAAUGUUAUAUAUGUCAUACAUACAGUUGGAGCUUUUCUCGUAUUUGGAAUUGGAAUCAUAUAUUUUCUGGUUCAGACAAUUAUUUCCUAUAAGAUGCAACCACAAAUUCAUGGGAAGGAUAUUUUUUGGAUCAGAUUUACAAUACUGCUAUGGGGCAUAGUAAACCUAGUGAGUAUGAUUAUUUGUACAUUCAUUUUAAUCAGCUUAAUUGGAAUAGAUUACCUAAAGAUGCAGCGUUGGAAUCCCCAGGACAAAGGAUUUACCUUCCAUAUCAUUGCCAUAGUCUCUGAAUGGUCUUUGCUUUUCACUUUCAUCAUUUUUUUCCUGACUUUCAUCCGUGACUUCCAGAAAAUCUCAUUGCAUUUAGAAAUAACACUAUUUGGGCCUAAUCUUUAUCACCCUCAAGAGCAGCUCCUAGAAGAUGACCAAAGAAUACCAAUCACAGGAAGCAUAUGAGAAGAAAACAAGAGAAACUGUACAAAGUUUUAGGCAGAUGUGCAAAAAUGCUGUACAUUAAGAUUUUAAAAAUAUAAGUGUUAAUCGUUUAUUUUUAUCAAUUAAGAAAAUGGAAAGUAAAUGGACAAAAGAGAAAUCCAAAUCAAAUCAAUAUUUGGGGUGACCACCU